AUGUAUCGCAAUAUCAGCAACAUGCUGCUCGUACUUUUUGCCGUGGUGCUUAUUCUACCGGCAUUUCAAGGCGAGGGAUUUUCAUCUGGGAUUAAAUCUCGUUUUCACUGCUUGGGUUUUACUGAACCGAUGUUGUCUUUAUUUUGCAAACUUAGUGGAUCUAAGCAUGUUGGUGGUCGUCAUCCUUCAUCGUGCCAAGUGACAUGUGUGGAUCGUGACCAAAGGCUGCGGCUGCCAAGAGAAGUUUGCCCC